GAUUUACUGAAGCAACAUUCCAUUUUUGCAAGCGUGACAGUAUAUGUGUGACCGGUGGGUUUCGACUCUGCGUUGUAUGUGUAGUUUGGAAUGACGACAGGAGUCAAGAGUGCGGUGUGACUUGCUUUUUAUCUGAUAACAGUCAGAAAAAGUCAAUCCUCCUGUUAAACACGGCUUUAACAAUGUGCCCCUCCCCUUCGACAUCCACACAGAAAAGGGCGCGACAUACCUGAUAACAGUCAGAAAAAGUAAAUCCUCCUGUUAAACACGGCUUUAACAAUGUGCCCCUAUUCAAAAUAAAUAAAAAAAAGAAAUGCAAUGCAAUUUUUAUACAUGAGUGCAUGCCUGGAAGUUACAUUUUCCUACAAAACUCUCUGCAGCUAAACAGCACCUACCUCCCCUUCGACAUCCACACAGAAAAGGGGAGAACUAAUAAAGCGCACUCAACUUAAAGCAGCAGGUGUCGCGGUAAUAACCGACACAGGGGAAACAAACAACAUACAAACAAAAAGUUCCAACUUUGAAGGAGGAUUGACGAAAAUAAAAUAGAAAAUAAGAUAACAAUCAAUUUUGUGUAAUUAUGAAAUAGAAACAUACAAUAUUUGCAAGUUUGAUAUACUCCCGUUACAUAUGUUAAUAUCUAAAAUUAGAACUGAUUUAAUUUGAUCAACAAAAUUGUAUUCUGUACCAUUUUGCAAUGUAACUCAAUUAGCAAUAGGUGUCUAGCCAAUAAUAUGAUACAGGUCACUUCACUUAUGCUACACAGCGUACCGCAAGCCACACGUCACUUCCGCUCAUUAAUUUUCAUGACAUUAGCUAAUGUUGCUAAGUAGGGACAAGCCACCGGUUGUCCCUAAUAGGAAAUUAAUGGAAAUCGUGUACGAAGGAGAUGUUUAUAGAGCUAAACCUACCAAUUCUCCCCGAAAAUGAUGUGCCUGGUGCCAAAUUCACUGGCAAAGAUGUGGAAGAACAAAAAAAUGUUCAGUUAAAGAGAUGGCUUGAGUGUCGAAGGCUGAAAAAGACGAAAAAAAACGAGCCGACCUAAGCUUAGCCUUAGCUUUUUUAUCGACGCGACUGACAAUGACAUUCUCCUGUUUCAACAAGCUAUCCUUUACCAUCAGCCAUGUCUUUCUCAUAUAUCCUCUGGUUGUCCUACGUCUCGUACUGUUCUUGGAGGUAAUUUAGUUAGCUUUGUGUAGCGAUCGCAAAUGCUACUCAGUGACAGCCAACGAACACUUUUAAUUUUUUCAUUGAUAACAAAUCUUAAUUCUAGAAUUUAUUUACACUUGCCCCUUACUGAAGUUGUUAUAUACAUAUAUAACAGAAACUGUAACAGUGGCAGUCAGCUACCAUUGUAAUUCUUUUCAGGUCAUUCAUUGCCAGACAGAAGCAGUACGGCACAACGUUAAGCUAAAAAAAUAAGUUAAAAAUAUAAAAAAUGGCUUACCUCUUUGUCCUCUGAAAGACCAUGCCAACCCAACAAAAUGUUUACUGCAUAUGAAAUGUGAAUGGAUUCACCGAGCUGGUGUUAAAGUCCGCACAAGUUGAUUCGGUCUUCACAUUUUUUCCUCCCGAGUUUUUGGUUUCCGCAAACGUAUGAAGAAAACAUCCUUCAUGUGUCGUAAUGUCUAGAGUCGUUUCUACAAGUUCCAAAAAAGCAUUGCGUGAUCGGCAUGUUCGUUUUUGAAAGAUUACCGGAGAAAAGUGGCACAAAUUACGUUGUUUCUAUGCUAGGGCGGAUCCGCUUUACGAUGCGACGUCACGGUCUAAAAAUAGCAUGCGUGCGGUACGCCAUUAUAGCAGUGACAGUUGCCCUGCCCAAAUGUGCCAUGCAAGUUAGCUAGCUUACAAAAGUGCAGUGUUAAGAGAUGCACAUGAUAAGCCCUCAUCAUGGUGAAAGGCUCAGGCAGCGACACAACGCUCAUCAAGCCAAAGUAAAAAGAAAUGCUGUUUUUUUUUAAGAUGGAAUGGCUGUCGAAGUAUGUGCAAAUAGAAGAACAAGUGGUAAAACUGAGUGAGAUUUUUUUUUAUGUCCUGUAUAGCUGCUUAGACGUGGCAAAUAGGAAUCUUGAGUGUCCUUAUUGUCUCAACAGUUUUAAUGUGGGAGUUUGACAUGCUCCCAUUUAGGCAUGUGCCGGUAUGAGAUUUUCACGGUACGAUAACCGUGAGCAAAAAUACCGCGGUUUCACGGUAUCACGGUAUUGCAAUUAUAGCUCCAAAAUUUUGAGAUGUAUGGGUUAAAAAAGAUUUUUUUUUUUUUUUAAAUCCAUUGAACAGGAUUUUUUUCCAAAACAUAUUUGCAAAUUGGAACAUGAAUAUAAUGUGAAAAUAAAUAAAUUAACAAAAAAUAACAAAUAUUAUAUAAAAUUAAAAUAAAUAGAACCUAGACUAUACCCACAGCCACAGCUCAAGUUGCUCAAUUUUAGAGUAAGAACAAAAUAAUUGCUAUAAAAAGUAAAAACACUUCUAAAUAAAAUUAAACUAAAUGGAUGACUUUUUUUUGAGGGGGGAAGCUCAAGUGAAGUUUCACCAUUUUCAGCCACUGUGUCAACUCUAGUCUACAUGAUGCCAUGCCUUUGUGUUAAAAAGAACAAAGAAUUCAUAAGUUAAUAAGUUAGUUAAAAAUGUAUAAGUUAGUUUUAUAAAUUAGUUAAAAUGUAAAUAUUGUUGAGGAAAGGUUUCAUCUAAAAAAAAAAAAAAACUGAGGAGUGAGACCUCCUCUCUCAAUUAGCGAUCUUUGACGCGUUUCUUUUUCUUCCCCCCUGCAUUCAAGCUUUUCUCUCACUCAGCGGCUGUGAGACAUAAAAGAAGCUGCUUUCCCAGUUUAGCCUAGGCUAACAUUCGUCUUUAGUGAGCCUGGAUGUUCACAGUGCCAAAAUGAAAUGGAAGUUCGGCCCUUACCUGUGUCUCAUAGUAUUCAUGGGUUUGAUUGAUGCUUCAAAAGACAGCUGUAAUAUGACUUAUUUGAAACCUGCAUUUACAUCGCUCAGUGAAACUGUUUCCCUUGUGAUCAAAGCGAACACUAGAGAUGUGGCAGAGUGUACUGUUGAAAGAUACUGUUUGAAAGGGAUAAUUGGAAACUAUUUGCCACCAAUAUGUUUUGUGCUGAAGGACUGCUUUUCCAGACCGGAAAUACCCACGUCACAAAGUGAUAAGUGUACUCCUUUACGGAAUUACACUGUUCCCACUCAUCAUUUCAUGUGCUUAGUAGCUGAAGUGUUGAAUUCCUCCCAAACGGAGCUAAACGAUGCAGGCUGUGAAUAUGCAACUGCUUGCCCUUUAUUUGAGAAACUUUAUUUGGAUGGUGCAACUAUAAUACCGACAACAAUAGAACCAACGACGAUGAGGACAUCAAAAGUUUGGUCAUCUCAGACAUCACCACGAAAACCAUUGACGCAGCAGACAAGCAAUGAAACAAGCACUGAAAAAAAGACUGACUGUCAAAACAAAGACGAUUUUAACCUGAAGGUGCUGUUAGCGAUUUCUUCAACUCUUGCAAUUGUCCUGCCAUUAGCUGUUUACUUUUACAUGCGCCGCCAGAGGAUGCACAACAUGGACUGGCAGUCUGGUAUUCCAUCUGUACAUUCCGAUUUUCUGGAUGAACCCAAUCCGAGUCCCCUACUCAAACCCUACUCAAUAGAGCAGAUGUGACCUUGCUAACAAGAACAAAGAGCCACACAUCAGAUAGAUGGUCAAAAUAUGAGUAACUGCUCUCAGCAGGCUGGAGUACAGUUAUGCAUUGUAGAAAAUUGUAAAUGUUCAAAAGUUAACUUUUAAUGCUAGAUAUUUUCACAAAAGACAACAUCUAGCAUGCCAAUUUUCUCAAUUUCAGGCAAUCUGACUGUUUUUUCCAAGCCCACAGAAUAUUGUGUUUUAUGAUUAUGUUAAUCAUACAAACUGCAAACUUAACCCUUUAUAAGGGAAAUUUAGUCCUUUCAUGCAUGGAUUUUUUUUUACAUGACAGGGCACUCAUUUACCUCACUGGUUGCCCAUUAAAACAUGAGCAUUCACAGCCAUUCUUAAAUGAAUUGGACAUCUAUCGCCAUCAACUUUCUUUUAUGUAAUUAACUCGAGUGUUACUUGGAGCCCUAACCAGUGUGUAUUUCUGUGUUUUAUUCAUUAUAAUUUUAUUAAUUUAAUUUUUAUUAACAUUUUAUCAAUUUAUAGAUAUAUUAAUAAUGACAAAAUAUUUUGAGAGGUACAGUAAUUAUUGAUCAUUCAAAUGAUAAUAAUAAUAGAAUAAUCAUAAUUGCUAAUAUAUAUAUAUUUUUUUUAAAUGACCAAAAAUAGUUAUUUAUGGGGUUAAAGGUUAAAAAAAAGUGUCAAACGAAAAUUUUUUUUUUUUUUUUUUUUUUUUUUUUUUUUGUGAACUGACUGAAUAGUCACUUGCUCCAUAGUAUAAAGAGUUAGAGGUCUUAAUGUCAUCUUUCGAAUAGCCAUCCACUCUUGUCACCACUGUUCCGGAAAGCGUUCAAAAAUACAUGGCUAGCAAAUAUAUGGACAUCACAUUUUGGGUCACAAUAUUAACAACAAAAAGUGAUGUGCAAAUUUAAAAAAAAAAAAAAAAAAAUUCAACAAUCAAUCAAAAAACAAUAUUUGAAUUAAAAAAUAUAUGUAUAUGUAAUAUAUAUAAUGUAUAUAAUGAAUAAAGAAAACAAAUUCGUGUAAAAUAACAUUAAAUGAAUAAAAACAAAAAUACACUGCAAUUAUGGCCCCAACAACACGCUAAAGUUGAUUUUUUUUUUUUUUCCCAUACUGUUUAACUCACUACCUGCCAUUGUCAAGGAUAGACAUGGAGUUCAUUUACACUGAGGGGAUUGCUGUGAAGGCUCUUGUUGCAUUACCACUCACAACGCAAGCCAUCUGAUCCAUUUGGACUGGGAAGGGUGAAUGUUCAUUUGCCCUUCCUAGUCUUGUUUCUGACACAUUUCACCUUUUACAAAUCAGCAGCUGAACAUACAGGAGGGUGAUUUUACUGAAAUUCACUGUGAGCAGUUAGGAGCGGAAACUAUGAAAACAAAGUAACUGUGAUAUAGUAGUAUUACAUAUAGAUUGUUUUUCCAGUUCAAUUUAAAUCAACUGUAGCAUUUUGAUACAUGGACAUUUUAAAAUCAAGUUCUAACUGCUAAUAUGUCAUACAAUGAGUCAAUGCAUGCAAAUAAGAGGAAUAGAUAUAUUACACCCCCCCCCCCCCCCCCACACACACACACACGAAAAAGGCAUUCUGCCAGGGCUUCAAAACUACUUGAUAAAGCCAGAAAACUAUGCCAUUCGAGUAAAUCCAUGCGCUAAACCAAAGAGCAUUCUUUGCUUUUCAACCAUCUGCUUUAAAAGUUCAGUUAAGCUGUAUACCUACAGUAUUUAUAUACAGUAUAUUAAUGUUCUCAGAUAUUCAUCACUAAUCCAUCUCUAAUUAAUGUAAUGCUUUAAUUAAGAAAGGUUUGUUGAUAGGGUUUGCGUUCUCUUGCACCAGUUUUUUAAAAAAAUAUUAAUUUUUUUAUUCAGUGGGGCAAAUAAGUAUUUAGUCAACCACUAAUUGUGCAAGUUCUCCCACUUGAAAAUAUUAGCGUGGCCUAAAAUUGUCAGCAUGGGUAAACCUCAACCAUGAGAGACAGAAUGUGGGGGUGGGGGGGAUUACAUUGUUUAAUUUUUAAAGAAUUCAUUUGCAAAUCAUGGUGGAAAAUAAGUAUUUGGUCAAUACCAAAAGUUCAUCUCAAUGCUAUGUUACGCACCCUUGUUGGCAAUAACAGAGGCCAAACGUUUUCUGUAACUCUUCACAAGCUUUUCACACACCGUUGCUGGUAUUUUGGCCCAUUCCUUCAUGCAGAUCUCCUCUAGAUCAGUGAUGUUUUUGGGCUGUAGUUUGGCGACAUGGACUUUCAACUCUCUCCACAGAUUUUCUAUGGGGUUGAGAUCUGGAGACUGGCUAGGCCACUCCAGGACCUUGAAAUGCUUCUUACGAAGUCACUCCUUUGUUGCCCUGGCUGUGUGUUUGGGAUCGUUGUCAUGCUGAAAGACCCAGCCAUGUCUCAUCUUCAAUGCCCUUGCUGAUGGAAGGAGAUUUUCAGUCCAAAUCUCUCGAUACAUGGCCCCAUUCAUUCUUUCCUUUACACAGAUCAGUCGUCCUGGUCCCUUUGCAGAAAAACAGCCCCAAAGCAUGAUUUUUCCACCCUCAUGCUUCACAGUGGGUAUGGUGUUCUUCGGAUGCAAUUGAGUAUUCUUUCUCCUCCAAGUACAAGAACCUGUGUUUCUACCAAAAAGUUCUAUUUUGGUUUCAUCUGACCAUAACACAUUCUCCCAGUCCUCUUCUGGGUCUUCCAAAUGCUCUCUAGCGAACCGCAGGCGGGCCUGGACGUGUACUGGCUUCAGCAGGAGGACACGUCUGGCAGUGCAGGAUUUGAGUCCCUGGUGGCGCAUUGUGUUACUGAUAGUAGCCUUUGUUACUGUGGUCCCAGCUCUCUGUAGGUCAUCCACUAGGUCCCCCCGUGUGUGUUUUUCUGUUUUUUUUUUCCACAUUCUGUCUCUCAUGGUUGAGGUUUACCCACGUUGACAAUUACAGGCCUCGCCAAUCUUGUCAAGUAGGAGAACUUGCACAAUUGGUAGUUGACUAAAUACUUAUUUGCCCCACUGUAUAUAUUAGAAAAUUUGCACCGCCAAGUGAGAAACAACACAUUUUCAAAAUUAAAAAAAAAAAAAUGCUCAUAAAUUCAAUUGUAGCAUAUUUCUAUGGCACAUACUACUUACAGUAUUUAGUGACACUGCAGUAAUUUUUUAUAUACCUUUACAUGUUAAUGUCGUAACUAUUUGUUACGGUCAGAAGUGGGUAGAAUAGCCAAAAAUUAUACUCAAGUAAGAGUAGUGUUACUUCAAAAUAAUAUUACUCAAGUAAAAGUAGUCAUCCAAAAAAUGUACUCAAGUAAUACUAAAAAAAGUAUUUUGUGAAAAGAAUGAUCAAAUAAUGAGUGACAUUGUGAGUAACUGCUUACGAUGUUUGAUUUUUUUUUUUUUUUUUUUUUUCUUUUUUUUUUUUUUUUUUUUUUUGGUAAUGUGGUAAUGGUAUUUCUUUUAUCAGCACACUUAUUAUUAUACUUUACUAUAACCUAAUACAUAACCACAUUAGGCCAAAUAUUUUUUUUUUUUAAUCAUUGAAUUCCAGCAAGAGAAAAAAAUACAGAAAUGAAGCAUUAUUCGUCCAUUAGUGCCCUCUAGUGGAGAAAAGAAAACAUUCCUUACAUGAAACUAAAAGGAUUGUAUCUCCGGUUUUCCGUGGACAAUUAUUAAUUUACCAUAGCCUACUAAUUUUCAGACUUUGAAACACAUUUACUUAAAAUAAUGAGAUGUAAUAGCUCACCACACAACCAUGAAUGACAGGGAUGCAGUGUCACUUCCUGGUCACAUAUUCAGGUGAGUUGCUAAAACCAGUCUUCGUCCAUGUGUUAAAACAACUUGUGUUACAGUACAAAAUGAAUCUUAAUCGCAAUUCAAACCAUCUCUAAAAUAUGCCAUAAUUUUCUGUAAAUUAUUGUUGGAAUGGAAAGAUAAGACGCAAGACAGACAUAAACAUUCAACAUACUGUACAUAAGUACUGUAUUUGUUUAUUAUAACAAUAAAUCCACAAGAUCGCAUUAACAUUAUUAACAUUCUUUCUGUUAAAGGGAUCCACGGAUAGAAAGACUUGUAGUUCUUAAAAGAUACAGUGGGGCAAAUACGUAUUUAGUCAACCACUAAUUGUGCAAGUUCUCCCACUUGAAAAUAUUAGAGAGGCCUGUAAUCGUCAACAUGGGUAAACCUCAACCAUGAGAGACAGAAUGUGGGGGGAAAAAAAAGAAAAUCACAUUGUUUGAUUUUUAAAGAAUUUAUUUGC